UCAACAUGAGAAAUAUUUUCGUCUCCGGACUCACUAUUUUAUUUCAAAUGACUAAUUUCUUUAGCAACUGAAUUCAAAAGCAAGGCGGUAAUUAAAAAGUGCUUGUGUAAACGUGGAGCAAUUGAAGUUGAAAUCCAACUGUAGGUGUGAGGUAAAUUAUGUCUAAAAAUAAAGAGAAAUCCAAUCAGAUAGCGGCAAAGGAUUGGCGGGAGAGAUCGGAGCCUCUGCUCUCGGUGCCUGAGGAUGAAAGGGAGCACCCACCUCACUCACUGCCACGACUGAGCGUGGUCCUGCCGUGCAGUACAAGUACCAGCGUUGAUCGGAUAUCUAUUGCACAAGUCACAAAACGACUGUCACAUGGCGAUGAAUCGAUGACCGUAGUGCUGUCAGCAUUUUAUGCAAAAUUGUUAAUAGUUUUAGGCUUAGCAUUACCUGUUACCAGCACUAUACAAAAUGAGCUUUACACGAAUAUCACGUCUGAUAUAUUUACAAUGUAUCUCUACGUAGUGAGUAUGCUGUUCCUAGCGUAUACGUUUUAUCAUCUCCGAAUAGCAAAGAAAACUAAAGAUGAUAAUUUCAGACGAACACGUUACGGAAGUUUUUACCUGCACAUGGGAGUGGCAGGGUUUAGUGUGGGUUCAAUUAUCUACUCCUGCCUACAGUUCGGAGAGUACUUUGAUCUAUCUGGCGACUGUCAGCUGAUCAUUGUGGCCCUGAAGCCUGCACUGCGAAUUUUCUUUUUGAUCGCACAAACAAUUUUUAUCUUUUCCUAUACAGAUGUCCUAGACCCAAUGCGGGGCGUAGUCAUAGACAGGUUCGGCCUAAUGCAUUUAAUAGCUACUAACGUAUGCGAGUGGCUUAACGUAAUUAUACAAGAAACUAGGGAUGACAUAGUCGCCGUAGCAUAUGAUCGGCCAGCUCUGUUGAGAUACACUAAUAUGAGUGGCCCACCGAGGCUAGUUAUGACCGAUGAAGUAAUAAACAGCGAAUCACUAGACGACUAUGUAAAUGGAAAUUUCACAAACAGUAGCGAAGUAAUUCAUGCAAACCUAACCGCUAUCAUAGAGCCUUGGAGUUGCAAUGUCUCGGACAUGAUAACGCCACUAAUUAGAGCCAUGAAUCCUUAUUUGAGGCCUUGCGGAGUUGAAUACAGCUUGCUAUGCUCCGUAAUAAUAGUUGUUAUAUACAACGAUAUCUGCACCGUGCCUGGAUCGAAACCAGAAAAAACUAACGUGAAGUUUGAUGAGAAGCAGUGCUGUGGGAGAAUAAAAUCCAAUAAUCACUUCUCCGUAGACUGUGGCAGUGCGCACAAAGGUCUUUUCAUGGGCGUGGCAGUUCUCGCUGGCACUAUCGUCAGUCUGAUGCUGUUUAAUGGACUUUUCCAAAACGAGAAACAUGUCGAACUCGCUUUGCUACAAAUAAAUAUAUGGGAAACUGUAUUAUUUGUAUUGAUGACUAUGGGAUCAGGAAUAUGUAUUCAGCGGAUGCGCAAACUAACAUUACGCCAGACGUCUGCGACGAUGCCGUUGGAACACGCACUGCUAUUGGUCACUCAAUGUGGGGUGUAUCUAUAUUAUUUGUUCCAAAUAAUUGGUGCUGGCUUCCUAAUACAUCAGGAUCCAGAGGGAAAGAAAGCAACGAGAAUUAUAGCACCACUAUGCGCCGUAAUACAAAGCUCAUGUCAAACCUUGCUGGUAUUGGACGCUUGGUCGCGGCGUUGCGCUGGUAGCAAGGAGCGCCCCGGAAGACAACUGGUGACCUUCCUUCUCGUGAGCAACCUGGCGCUUUGGUUGCUCAACCGCGUCAAGAAUGCCCGCGCUGAAUUUCAUCCCUUGCAAAUGGAAUUUUACGGAGUUUGGGCUUGGACCUUGAUUACCCACGUGUCAGUCCCACUUUUGGUGUGCUACAGGUUUCAAGCAACGGUUUGCUUCUACGAAAUAUGGAAAAACUCUUAUAAAAGAAAAAAGGAAAUCUAUACUACCGCUGAUGAAAUAGAAUUAAAAAACUAUCAUGUGGCAUAA